AUGAACGAUCGGGUUGAUCGCUUCAGAGCCUUGACCGGCCAACAAGAAGUUUACGACAAUCCUGAUAUGGAGGAAACGCAAACGGAGAGCGAAGAAGCCUUCGUGCUUCCGGAGGGAUUCACAAUUAAAUCUCACAAUAUUUACGAGGGUACCUCCGAAGAAGAAGAUUCUCCACCCCAAUCAAACGCUGGGAAAUCGAAGCAACGUAGCAAUGUUCCUGAGCAGCACCAAAAUGAGGAUCUUCAAUUUGACGACGGGGAAAACAUCACGGCCGGAAUGCGAGCGGGUAUGAACCAACAUCACUAUGGGUCAUCGGCGCCACUGCUUUAUCCUGAACUGGGUCCUAAUGACUUCCAGGAGUACAAGAAACUAGACUAUGGUCAGCUUGCUCCAGAGGGAGAGAGCUUUUGUCCCUGGAAGACCGUAUCGCAGUAUGCAUACAGAUAUGUUGGCCAUGCAAAUAGACCAAGGGUCACGGAGCAGUUCUUCUACGGAGGUAAAUGCUAUUUGCAAACUUGGGAUUUCUUCUACCUAUAUAGAUUGAGAGAAGAUCCGAAUCAAAGCCCGAUAAUCCUUGUCCCUACUAAGCAAGUUGAGUAUUUUCUGGCUGUUAUCAACAGAUCACUUGGUACAAAUCUUACUAUUCCUUCUGGAUCAGCAGGCGCAUUUGACGCAGUCUUUAGCAACGACGGUACUCCUUAUCCCAGAUAUCUUGGGCGAGUACUCAACAAAAACAUGGCAGAUGAGUUGAGAGAAAACGUCCCACCUCGAUACUACAAACUUGAUGGCGAGCCCCCUAUCGCAAAGCCACUUGUAGAUACAUCACUUGCAGCCUUUAGAGCCAAGAUUGAAGCUCUGAAUCUAACGGCAAAGAACAAAAAAGCUGCUAAUAAGGAGAAGCAACGAGUCGAGCGAGUUGCCAAACAAAAAGCUUGGAAGGAUUCUACCAAGCGUGUUCAGCGUUAUCUAGGGUUGCGCAAACGAUCAGAUAAUGGCACACCAACUAACUCCUCAGAUAACGACACCUUCUAUGAUCCGGAGAAACCUACAAAGUUUAUGAUGGAAGAUGCAGUCGUUUUUGUCUGCAUAGAUGUUGAAGCUUAUGAAAUGAACAACAACAUCAUUACAGAAAUUGGUAUUGCUACUCUAGACGUUCUAGAUAUUGCUAAUAUGGAACCGGGUGAACUCGGCGAAAACUGGAGAAAGGCUAUUCGUGCAAGACAUUUCCGUAUCAAGGAGAACAUGCAUCUCAAUAACACAAAACAUGUUCAGGGAUGUGCUGGUAGUUUUGAAUUUGGCACGAGCGAGAUUAUCUGUAGAGAUGAUGCACCCCGCGUAAUUGGUAGCUGUUUCAAAUAUCCCUUCUCCGACCCUUCUCCAUCUCCCGAUCUUGCCGAUCAGAAACGUAACAUCAUCCUUGUUGGUCACGACGUUGAUGCGGAUAUUCGCUUCCUUCGACAAAUCGGCUAUGAAAUUAAUAAUCUUAAACUACAUGAAGGUUGCGAUACCACUCUCAUGUGGCGAGCUCUGAAGCGGGAAGUUAACCCAAGAAGUUUAUCUGCUAUACUUGCGGAGAUUGGUAUUGCGGCCUGGAAUUUACAUAAUGCGGGUAAUGAUGCUGUGUAUACUUUGCAAGCUAUGUUGGGAAUCGCUUGUAAACACUUGGUGGAUAGGAAGAUUGAAAGAAAGGAGAAAGACAAGUUGAAGAAGGAUAGAAUCUCUGAAGCCGUGAAAGAAGCAGUAGAAUUAGCUUACGAGCGCGAAGAAGGUUGGUCUUCUGAUGGUAGCGACGGUGGUGAACGUAUUACGCCCGAGCAAGCAAACGCCAAGAAAGCAGCUGAUGCUGCUAAUAAGGCUGCGAGUAGAAGACCAAAGGUAACAGAUGUGAAUGAAUUGUGGCCUAAAGGUUUCAAUUCAGGUACUACUGCUGCUACCUCUUGGGUCGGUGUUGCUCAAGGCCAAACCCAAGGUUCUCAGGGAGGAUGGGGAACCCCUCCGGCUACUCCAACAAAGAAGGGAAAAUCUAAGACGAACUCUGCUUCUGCUUCUGCUUCUACACCUGAGCCAGCACUUGUACCUGCAGAGCAAUUUGGAUACAAAAGUCUAGGUCCCAAUUUCAAGUCAUCAGCUAGCACCAGUAGUGGUUCGAAUGCCGAUAGCAAGGGCAAUCCCGAGGAUCAAGCAACAUCUCAACUCCGUACAGGUGGUGACUGGGGUCGAGAAUGGACAACUCGGAACACAACGACUUCUGCUGUACCAGCUCCAGUUGCCCAAACAUCAACCACUACUCCCAUUUCCACCGAUCAGCCUUCCACAUCUACACCUCUCGACCCCGAAAUGACAGGUCUCGAACAGAAAAUGCAAAAUGCUACUCUUGCCGAACUUCAAGAACAGGGUAAAAUUCCCAUGGAUCUCUCGGCAAAUGCAUCGCUCCAACUCCUGGAACAGCAGAAAGAAGAUGCAAAGGGUACUGACGAAGGUCCGUGGCCUCAGCAGAGAGCACGUAGGAUUAAGUGGUAG